AGACGUAUAAUGGCGCCACAUAACAUAGUUGAACGAUAUAUUACCAUUCGUAGGUUAGAUGCAAUUGUUGUCAAAUGAGUGACUUUUGGUCAUUCUCAAAAUUCUAUGUGUACAGAUUUAGAGUUGCAAGGAUAGUUUUAUGAGACAGUUGGGAUUGUUAUCGAGUGUUUGCUUUAAUUUCAAAAAUGAAUGUAAAAUAAAUAAAUAUAAUAUUGAUAUAUAGUAAUAAAAGCAUUUAAGAAGCAUAUAAUCAAGCAUAUAACCUCACUUUUGUGAAACGUUUGAGAAUGGAUUCUCCAGGAUCCCAAGCCCUAGAAGUAGCUAAAAAUAUAAAAGAUCUGGAAAUAUUUAAAAAACCAUUAGGCGUAGUGAAAAAACAUAAGAAAUUACAACCGAAAAUUUUAGACGAAGAUACGUAUAUAAAGAGAAUGGGAGAAAUUAUUCAAAGAGACUUUUUUCCUCAUUUGGACAAGCUUCAGGCACAAAAUCAGUAUUUAGACGCAUUGGAACAAAACGACGUGAAAAGAAUGAGAGAGCUUUAUGAGAAAUAUAGUUCAGGACGACCAACAACCGAAAGACCUGCUAGUCCAGCCACGUUUGAAACACCUAUGAACAAAAUUGAAUCAGAGGAUGAACAAUUCAAAUCUACAAAAGUACCAAAAGAUAUACCUCUCAAUACAGGCGCGAAAGACAAAGACAAAACUGAACCUACAACAGGAUUAGAUGUAUAUUUAAGUACACAUACAAGCGAAGAUAAUGCAAGCUUUGAGGAAAUGAUGAUUGAAGCAGAGAAAAAAUUAAAGUUGAAAUUUGCGUGGCUUUAUGAAGCUGAAGAGAAUUCAAAGGCGUUAAUCAAUGACAAACUGUCGGAUACCUUAGCCAUUGAUAAUAGCAAUGAAAAGCCUAAACAAUUAGACAGUUGGAAUUACAAAAAUAAAAAUUAUAUUAUGUACGUUCCUGACGGAGUUGAAUUAACUCCUGAUGAAAGAAUAGAUCUAGCAAAGAAGAAGCAAAUGAUAAUACAUGAGAAUACAAGACUUCGUACCAACCCUUUCAAUGAGCAGCAAAAUAAAGAAACUAUUAACGAACUAGCAAAAAGUCAAUCGAAAGCUAAUGACGGAAAAAUUGGAGUUGAUGGUAAAGAAAUUGUGAGAAAUCCAACACCUAGAGUAAAUGGAUUUAGUUUUGUAGCAACACCAAGUCCAAGACCAGGUGAAUGUGAAAGUCCUUUAAUGACAUGGGGUCAGAUAGAAGGUACACCAUUUAGAUUAGAUGGAGGAGAUACACCUUUGUUAAGAACAAGUCAGGGACCAUCAUUCAGAAUGGCAGAACCACCGAAAAGAGAGCAGCUUGCGUUGCAAUUAGCAGAAAAAGCUGGUGAAAGACAUAGAGAUAGAAAAAACAAGGCUUUAGAAGCAGCAAGAAAAUCAUUAGCAACCCCAUCACCAAGAUCAACUAUAGAUCGUUUGAGUACUAUGUCUCCAGCAGCUAGAAGAUUGGCUACUCAAAAACUUAGAAUUGCAAGUACACCAACUCCACGAAGGAUAUCAUCUUCAAGGACACCGUUGAUAGGCAUCAGAACACCCAGCACACCACGAAUAAAUACAGCUUCAAAAUCUGAGAAUCAUCUUGAAUUGAAAAACAAUAAUACACGGUGUCAAGGUCCUGUUCUUACUGAUAAUUUACUUAAUUUACCCCUUCAGAGGCAAAGAGCAGCUGAUUUUUUUAAUAAGUGAGAUAAAUGAUGUAUUUUGUAUUGUAUAUAGAUGUAAAUAUAUUAUUAUAUGAUUAAUUAGCAAAUGUUAAUUUAUAA